AUGCUCUGCCCCGCGGGGGCUCACGGGCGCAGCGCAGGGGGGUUACAACCAUUAAAAACGGGGGCUGGAGCCCUGGAUGUGGGUUCAGAGCAGCCACUGGGGCAGGAACCGAGUCCUCGGGAGCGUCCCUCAGUCCGGCAGCAGCCUGGGAAGAGCAGGUCCUCAGUGCCCCGGGCAGCAGCCGGGCUCCGCGGGGAACGGACUCCUCCGGUGCUCGGGGCCGAGGAGCACCUUCCAGCAGCGGCGCUGGGCGGGAGCGAGCCCCGGGAAGCUCCGCCUCUCCGUGGGCUCAGCGUCCGCUCGGUGCUCGGGGAUCCACAGGAACCUCAUGAAAUCCUUUCUGCAGCCACCAUCUCCGAGCAGCACGGGGCAGGCCAGCGGCAGAUCUGCAGCGGAGCUUGCAAGGAGCUUUCACCACCCCAGAAGACAACUGCUGGCCCUGCGAGGUCCCGCUCCAGCUCCCUCUCCUUCCAGCACCUGCUGCUCCUUCCCUCCUGCCGCCCUUCCCGCCCCGCUCCCCUCGACACCUCCCACCCCCCUGGCCGGGCGCUGCCGGGGGCUCGGCCCGAGGCACCGGACCCGGAGCCCGGCUCCCCCGGCCCGGCCGGGCUGGGCAAACACGUGGAACCAGCUCCCAGCGCCCCCGCCCUCACCCCACCCGCUGCCGGGGCCUCCUCCCCGCGCUCCUGCCCCCCCGGCGGAGGCUUCGCGCCCGUCCCACCGCCGGCCUCCCCGGAGCGCGGCGCCGCCACCGCCCGGCGACAGGCCCAGCACAAACAGCUCCUGCCCCGUGAGGCACCUCCCAGACGGGGCAGGAUGUGCUCUGCCUGCUCCUGCUCUCCUUUCACUGGGGCACAUCCAGGAUCGCUGCCGUGGUUUAAGCUCUACCUGUUCCCGCUCCGGCUCCAUCAGCUACACCCGGAGCGAGGGAAGGAGCGGGUUCCAGGGGGGCUGAGCCCCAGCGCGGGGCAGCCAGUGACCGGGGACCCCGUUUCUCCCUCUGCUCCCGCGGCCGUGGCACAACCAGCUCCCACCCGCACUGAGGUUUCACACCCUAAAAGCCAGCAGAGAGCACAAGAGUGUUCUCAAACCCGCCGGCCCCCACCGAGACCCCGCUGCCCCCCAGCCUGUGCUCUGAUAUCAGGGGUGGAAACGGCUCCAUCCAGCCCUGCUCUGCUGCAGCGGGGUCCCUGCGGCCGCAGCGAGGAGCCAAAGGAGGGUUCUGUCCCUCAGGCGCAGGAGUGCUCGAGGUGCCGGCUGCAGACAGAGGCGGAGGAGACCCUGCCCCCGAGGGGUGACCCGGUGGCACUUUGCCGUGUUCGAGCCAUGAGGAGGGUGCUCGGCACCACGCACCAGGCUCCUGAUCUGCGGGGAGGCUGGGACCCGGCAUCGCCCCGCAGGCACGGCUGGAGGGCUGCCACCCCGGCGGCACCCGCCCGCCCUCCUCCCGCUGCUUACCCGGGAUUAGCCCCGUUCUCCAGGGCGAGCAGGGCAGAACAAAGUCCCAUCCACCAGGAACAACCCCAGCCCCGCGCCACUGCCACAGCGGUGACAGAACCACGGCGACCGCUGGGACCGGCCCCAGCGGGAGGUGGCACCGGGACCGACCCCACUGAGGUGCCCCGACACAGGCUCCGGUGUGUGUGGGACCCCGACGAACGGGCAGCGCCCGGCCCCGAUACCGCUCCCGCCCCGUGGGCCCCAGGGGAGCACCGGAUUUACCCUCACGGGCCGGGGCUGGUCUCCCCCGGGGGACGUGACCGAAACCGGGCGGGGCGAGCCGGGAUCCGCGCACCGAGACCUGGGACCGCCGAGGCGCGGCUGAACGCUCCCCCCGCCCGGCCAGACCGGGAGCGGCGCGAGACUGGCCGCGCAGAGCGGGGUUACCGGCGGCCCCGCUGCCCCGCACAAGGUCGCCGCAGCCUCCCCCGGAGCGCGGGAGCGGCGCUGACCGGGCAACGGGGCGGGUGCGGGCAGGGGCGGGCGCGGCGGGGCCAGGCUCCGGGCCCGGGGGCGCGCGGGGGGCGGCGGCGGGAGCGGGGGGGGGCGGGCCGAGGAGGGGGGGGCGGCUGCACCGGUCGCGGGGGGGGGGUCCCGGGGGGGCGCGGCCCCACGUGA